UAUCGACCAAAGUAGACUGAUAAAAACUUCCCGUAGAGUAAUAAUGGCGACUUGGGCCAGGUUAGGCGUUAGUUUGCGGAGUACAGUCAGACGUUUCUGGCCUCUCAGAAAUACAGGGUAUGGUCGUGCUGUUGGAGCGGGUCUUCUGGGCUCUGUUGUAGCAAGCGGUUUUAUUCACUAUGAAAAUGAACCGCGAUGGAGACUCUGGCCACACAUCGUGUACGCGGAGGACGCGAAGAAAGAGGAGAUCGCCGUACCACCAGUGUCCAUGAGACGCCUGCGGUUUAACCAGUUUGCCUCCAUGAUCUAUGAAGAGGAGCCAUACAUGACACCCAGAGACUUCCUCCAUUCAGUCAUGAUGGAGAAGGUGGACCCAAUCUUACAGCGAGAAACCAGACAACACAAAGACCCUAAAAUGCUGACAUGCAAACUACAGAAAAAGAUGCUGACUAAAGCAGAUGUGGAUGGUAUGAUAAGGGUGGCUUCCAGGGCUGAGGCAGGAAACAACAUGUUCAGAGGAAUCGGAGACAAAGGGCUGAUCUCUUACACAGAGUACCUGUUUCUCCUCACUAUUCUCACAAAACCUCAAACAGGAUUUCAUAUUGCUUUCAAAAUGCUUGAUAUUGAUGGCAAUGAGCAUGUGGACAAGAAGGAAUUUCAGAAGCUGAAGAAAGUAAUUCGACCAAGGAAAGAGCUUCUAAGGCAGGAUAGGACAGAGCUUUCAGACAGUGUUGAUGAGGUCAACACUACACUACAGGUGUUCUUUUUUGGGGGAAAUGGCAAGGAAAAACUCCAAUACAAAGAUUUCUGCAGGUUUAUGGAAGACCUGCAGGCAGAAGUGCAAGAAGUUGAGUUUCUGCGGUUUUCUAAAGGGAUGAAGACUAUGAGGCGGGAGGACUUUGCUGAAUGGCUGCUUCACUACACCAAUGAAGAGAACAAUGAGGCAUACUGGGAAAACAUGAAAAAGAGGAUCCCCACUGGGCAGAGCAUCACCUUUGAUGAAUUUAAAGCAUUCUGUCUCUUUACCAACAAUCUGGAGGACUUUGCCUUCUCAGUCAAAAUGAUUAAUGAUGCCAGCAGGCCAAUAGGAAUGGCUGAGUUUAAGCGAGCAGUGAAGAUAGCGACAGGCCACGAGCUUUCAGAGAACGUUUUGGACACAGUUUUUAAGAUCUUUGACCUGGACGGUGACAACUGCCUGAGCCAUAAAGAGUUUCUCGCUGUGAUGAAAGACAGAGUACUUCGUGGACUCAGGGUUCAGCCCCAGUAUGGUAUUUCUGGUUAUUGGAAAUGUGUGAAAAGAGAGACACUGCAAGGAGCUCAAGAGGCUCUCCGUGAAACCGGCAGCCCAGUCUGACACAGGAAGAGGUCUGCCUUUGAGUGUGUGGCUGGUCAGUUGUGGUAAUACUUGCAAUUCCAUAUAAGUCUGGGGAGGAGAAUGGUACAUAAUUAAUUGCAAGCACCAGGGAUUGUUAGUUGUACUGUAACAUUUUUAUAUUAAUAUUGUUUCUUUUUUAUGUUUUGGGCCAACAGCUACAUCACUUCAAAAGCAAUAUUUUCUUUGGACCAUGUAAACAUUGUAAAGUUUACUGACUAAAGUAAUUAGGAUUGGUGAUUUCAUGUUAUGAGCUUUGUUGUGUGAUAUGUUUUUUUUUUAAUUUGUGAAAUUGCCUGUGAACACUCCAACAAGAUUACACUGUCAGGUCAUGAUGUUUCUUGUGUGGAUAACUGUUUAAUAGGAAACACAUUGUUAAUUAUAUAUAGCCUUAAUUUUACUUUGGAUGUGGUGUUGUUUACUAUGGAAGCCCGUUUCCGCCCCUGAAAAAAAAAGGUAAU